UUUCACCUAGCAUUUUUCGGUGCCACGAUUGUGUACCAGCUCAGCUCUUUUCUGGAGAUGAGUAACAUUGGAACAGAUAGCUACACAAGUCUUAAACAAAGUCGGGUGUCAGGACUGAGGAAUGCUUGCAUGUCGUACGUGUGCGAUCCGGGUCGCUUUCAUCUCCUGUGAACCAUCACGACGCGCGUCCACGUGUGCCCCCGCCGCAUAUAUAGGCUAUAGCUAGGAAGGUCCGGCAAGUACACUCGUCUCCGGCGACGGCGAGCUAAAACUAAAAGCAGUGUAGUACAAGCUUUUUUCUAUGGCGGGGCAGGGGCAGCGGCUGAGCGUGGUGCCGACGGUGACGGUGAUGGGCAUGGUGCAGGCGCGGCUGGCGGCGGCGACCCGGGGCCACGCGCUGCUCAAGAAGAAGUCGGACGCGCUCACCGUCAAGUUCCGCGCCAUCCUCCGCCGCAUCGUCGCCGUCAAGGAGGCCGCCGGCGACGCCAUGCGCUUCGCCUCCCUCUCCCUCGCCCAAGCCCUCUACGUCGCCGGCCCGCCGCUCCGCCAGGCCGUCCGGCUCCACUCCGGUCCUGCCGUCGUCCGAGUGCGCGCCAGCCACGACAACAUCGCCGGCGUCCGUUUACCUCGCUUCGAGACCCAUGCCGACGCCCCGGAGACGACGCCGAUCACGCUCGCGGGUCUCGCCGGUGGCGGGCAGCAGGCGUCGGCGUGCCGGGCGGCGCACGGCCACGCUCUGGAGCUCCUGGUGGAGCUGGCGUCGCUGCAGACGGCGUUCCUGACGCUGGACGAGGCCAUCAAGACGACCAACCGGCGGGUGAACGCGCUGGAGCACGUGGUGAAGCCGCAGCUGGAGAACACCGUGGCCUACAUCAGAGGCGAGCUCGACGAGCAGGAGCGGGAGGAGUUCUUCCGCCUCAAGAAGAUCCAGGCCGUCAAGCAGCGGGAGCUCGAGCGCCAGAUGGAGUCCGCCGAGCGCUACGCCGAGGAGAAGGCCGCCGGCGCCGUCGCCCUCAGCCGCGGCGUCUCCCUCGGCACCGCCGCCAGCAUGCUGGACAACGGCACAGGGGAGGGGGACCAGGACAUCAUCUUCUGAGCUCUGAUCCAAGUUGCUCAACAGCUCAAGCUACUCUGUGCUGUCUGUGCAUCUAUUCCAUAAUACUCAUGUGAAAAUUAAUAAUGUUGUGCCUUGAAGCUGUGUGGUACUUUAUAUUCCAUUUCAUUCCAAAUCUGCAUAAAAUUGGUCCAGUUUAUGCA